CCUCAACACUCGACGACCAACGAUCCACAUUGCCGCCACGAGAGCGCGCCGCAUCUGCGAACAUUGUAUCGAGUGAUACGAUUGUUUGCGCAUCGCGUUUCAUGAAUCUUUCUGCGCACGCCUCCGCGAGCCCGCCCCCCGAAGCCAGUCGAUAAACAACAACACUACGCCCGCCUUACCUUUUACGACAAUCAUAAAUCACUAUCGUCAUAAACUAGGGAAUCCGAUCGCUUAUCGGUCGCGAUGGGUACGUUCAAGCGUGAAGAAUUUUCUCUCACCGGUCAUUUUCGUGUGUCCUUCGGUGUUUUGAACGUGCCCGCUAACCACACUAAAACUGUUAGAACAACCACUCAUGGAUUCAAAACAGCAAAAGUCCAGGUCUCGUUCCAACACCGCCGCAUCCUCGAAAAGUAGAAAACGACCCCUUUCCCGAGCAUCGACGACGAGUAUGCAUAGCGCAGUUACUCAGCCUAUCCUCGAGCAGCAGCAUAACCAACAACAGGUCGACUACCAAAAGCAAUGGUAUGAGACGAGUGCACUUGCGCAACAAAGAUUUGGGGAUAUCACACAUCAAUUGACAGCCGAGGAGUUGGUCAUGAACUCUGCGACCCAACUCCAAAACCCUCGCGGAUACGAUCUGGAUUCUACAUUAGGUGUGGGUAGUAACCACAGUCUUCAAUACUCCCACGAGAAUCAUUACAAGCCAGAGAUGCAACGGCAGUCAUUACCCGCGGAGAGCUACGGCAUGGGAUUUAACGAAGGGGAUAGCCAAUUACUCGAGGGCCGAAGUGAAGAACAGGAUGAAGCCAAUUCCCUCGCCGGAGGCCCUGCAAAGAAGGUUUCGAAAUCAAGCGCUGCCAAUGAAUUGGAAAUGAGACAACUCUUUCACUCGAAUAAGCAUCGGACGCUGCCGGAGGUUGCUGUCGAGUUGCACGGCAACGAAAGAGGUCCUCAGUCUGAACGGCAGAGGCAGGUGUUUGCUAUGCUUUGGUAAGUAUCUGUUUCUGCUUCUGAAACAAUGCUUUUCGUAUUUCCAGGACUAAUCUCCUUGUCCUUUAGGAUAAGUCAAGUUUGCGACAAAGGCAAAGGCUCUGUCCCUAGAGGUCGAGUAUAUGCAAACUACGUAAACAGAUGCGCCGUCGAAAGAGUUACCGUACUUAACCCUGCAUCCUUCGGGAAACUGGUUCGAGUUCUUUUCCCUGGACUCAAGACCCGACGACUAGGAGUUCGUGGAGAAUCCAAGUAUCACUAUGUAAACUUUAGUCUUAAGGAAGACGAGCAACAAGCACCAGAAGCACCAACCAACCCGGCAUCUCAGAGUUUCAAUGACCAAACAUCAUUCGCCCAGAGCUUUAGGUAUGCAUAUAAUAUUUGAUCAGAUGAUCUAUACUGAUAGUACAUAGUCAAAGCAUGCCUUCUCAGGCACAAUUCUCUGUCGAUAGAGCCGCGUUUCCCUUUCCUGAUGUUCCGCAAAAUUCUGAGACUAGAGCUUCACGUUCUCAUGGUUUUAUUCGCCCUCAUAGUUUAUAUAACCACCCAGACCUCUCCGAUAUAUCCUCACUGGAGUCGACCAGUAGCAAGAUGCUUCAACGUCUCCAAUUCGCACCAUUAAGUCAGCCUUCCCAGGAACAAGGACCUCUCACCCUUCCCAAGAUCGAUCCCUAUGUUCCUGCUGGAACGGAUUCGGAUGCCGCGCAAGCUUUGUAUGCAUUAUACAGAUCGCAGUGCACCUCACUCGUGGAGUGUAUUCGAUUCUGUCGUGAGAAGGUGUUCUUUCAUCUCUACACCUCCUUCCACGGCACUUUGACCAUGCCAGUUCAGAAGUUGUUCGCCAAUCCAAGCAUUGCUCCAUGGAUUGAAGAAUGUGACUUUGUCAUGUAUCAAAAGAUGAUGCGGGUUGUUGCUCCCUUGACGCUUCAAGUAGCGCCCAAACAAGUCUUGGAUACUCUGCGAAAUAUCUCGGAGCGAUUAGUUCCUCAUAUUCAAAGCUCCUUCCAUGGCCACCCAGCCCACGUGAUUAAUUCAAAGGUCGCGCCAGCUACUCUUUUCGCUGGCCUUCUGGAUCGAGAGUUGCGAGUCAAUUUAACCGCCCACGCAGCAGCAAAUAUGCUUUCAAAUCCCGCCAAUCGAGACCAGAUGUACGAGGAUUGGAUCACCAUGGUCCGUACUCGAAAAGUUGCGGAGUGUGUCCCAACCCGAGGCAUGGACGACGUCGUAAAUCUGUUGCUGGCCGAGUUGCGGGAUUUGCUUGACCCCGUUGGCGUUUCUUGGGAUGUAGAAAGUAUGACAGCCUAUGGAGGGAUGGCACUACGAUCAGGCCGCCAACAGCAAGCGGCGAUCCACACUGAUUCCUCGACGGAAAAUGUGCUGGAUCGUUGGGUUAGCUUCCUUACUUCUCUGCCUGGAAAGUUUCCGUACGCAACUCACGCAGAAAUUGUCUGGUGUGUCCAAAGUGUUGGCACGGCUGUGAUGAGAGAUCUUACGAUUGCGCAAGGUAAAAGUUUUGGUGCCUGGUGGGUCACUAAGUGUUGGAUUGACGAAAUGAUAGCCUUCAUGGCAGAGCAGGGAGGAUUUAUGGAGUACAAGACCUCGGCAUCUGCGCAGAGAGGACCAGUCAAGCAAGAGAUCAGAAGUCGAGAUGGCAGCCAGCAUCGCAGCAGAUACAGUAGCGGAAGCGAUGAGUUCCUACGGCAAGGUGGCAAUAGCACUACGAAUGGGCAUGUUUCUGCUCCACAGCCGAUGGAUGUGACCAGCCAGGCGGCGAUCAAUGCUGCAGCUGGCCACGAUGACAGUGGUAUUGGCAUGCGGACGCCGGAAGAAGAGUUUUCUGCUGGAAAAUAUGAGUUUUCCCAGACGGAGCCAGCUGCACAUAUACUUACGGGCUCGCACACUCAUGGCCACGCUCACUCGCACUCACUCUCUCACUCUCACUCUCACUCCCACUCACAUUCAUUACAACGUGGAUCUGUUGGUUAAUGGUACUCUGUUUGGAAUAGAGCUCGUCGAUGGUGUUUGGAGUUUACUUGUCUUGGGCGCAAUAUUUCUUUUCUUGAUUUCUGAUUUCUCAUUCGCCGGGAAAGGAAUCGGUGGGAGGGACGAAGACUACGACUCACACGAAGAAAUGAUGGGCUGUAAAUGGGAUUUAUAUUUCUGGUGUACAUUGGAUUGGGUCGCGACAUUUGGCGUGGGCUGUUGGCUGUUGGCAGUUGGCCGUUGGCCGUUGGCUAUGCGCGCCCAACGAAUCAACUUUUUUUGUAGUACUGGUACUGGGACUUUCUUCUUUCUUCUUGGUUGGACGGGAUUGGGUGGUUGGAUGGAUGGAUGGGGCAGACUGCCUCCAAAGGAGAAGUUGGUUCCUACUGCUCGCUUGUGCGAUUCUUGUAUUUAUUCAUUUGAAAAGGCUGUACUCGAGUACCACCGGGGUCUGCAAUCGGGAUCAGGGGCAUCGGGGAUUGAAUUGCGACGCUCUACCUAGGCUGUACCACUAGGGUCUAUAGGUACAUUGCCUAUUGCUAAUUACUAUUACC